AUUAUUAGUGUGAGCAAUUUUAACCCUAAAUCAUGGAUUAUUGGACUUCACGCUGGGAAGGUCUUUCUCCCUGUCAGUCACCGGGCUCUAGCAGUCGUGUCACUUCCUCCAGUCGAGUUUCUGUUAGCUACAAUGAAACAGAAUAGAUGCCAGUGAUGCUGGAGAUGGGGAGUUUCUAGCGAGCACGGUAGGAGAUGCUGGGUGACACACAUUAUCAAUGAUGGAUCAGAGAGUGGAGACUAUUGAUCAAUUAGUAUCUUUCCAGCAUAUCCAGGUCCACUUACAAGGAGGGGCUCCUUGGGGGUUCACUUUGAAAGGGGGUCUGGAGCAUGGGGAACCGCUCAUCGUAUCGAAGAUUGAGGAAGGAGGGAAGGCUGCCUUGUCAAAGAAGCUGGGCAUCGGGGACGAGCUGGUGAGCAUCAAUGGUUCUGCACUCUAUGGCUCGAGACAGGAAGCCCUCGUUCUCAUCAAGGGAUCCUACAGGAUUCUCAAGAUGGUGGUCCGCAGGAGGAAUGUUCCAGUGAUCAGGCCUCACUCAUGGCACCUGGCCAAGCUCUCCGAACAGCAGCCUGACAGCCCUGCCAUGCAGUUUCACCCGGGCUCCUUCAGCUUGUCCUGGCACUCUGGGUGUGAAUCUAGUGAUCUUUCAAUGCAGUGGAACCAGCUUUCUCGACAUUGCAGUACGGACCGAAGCAGCUCCAUUGGUAGUAUGGAAAGCCUGGACCCGCCCAGCCAGGGCUACUACGAGGGCCAACUUUCUCCAGUCGACCAGUCCAUCUUCCACGACAAGAGGGACUCUGCCUACAGCUCUUUUUCUGCCAGCUCCAACACCUCAGACUACGCUGUCUCUCUGAAGCCUGAUGAGGCCGGCUCCUUGGACAACCUGCAUGGGCUGGGGCCUUGCAGGUACGCUGAAGGGAGGUGCGUUCAUGGUGUCAUUGAGUCUGGUGGACUAUCGGAAGACGGUAAGCCCUGUUGCUUAAGCCAGCACUCGGAGGUAAAGGGUCAUCAGUCCUCUUAUAGUGAAGACAGGAACAGAAGUGCUUCAAAAGGUCCUCCCCAGCCUCCUAUCCGCCGGGAGAGUUUCAAAGCCACCAGAACUGGUCCUGGGUUUGCGGAUAAGCGUACAGCCUCUGAUCCUGUGCACAUGUUGAACCAGUCCAGUAAUUGUACCUCUGAUACCCUGCUGUCCAACAGCAAGGACUUGCCAAACUGCAAUUCGGGCUGUUCACCAGAUGCUAGAAAUCUCCAACAAAACGAUGCUGUUGACCAGUACUACAUGCUGAGCUCACAACUGGAGCAGUGUAAGAGCUGCAGCCCUGAGACCGUUCCAAAUGACGGUUACCUUAAUCAGCAUAGCACAGAUGCCUCAAGGCAAAAGAACUAUAGCCCCUGUGUGCCUGAAGAGUUUGGGUGCCUUGGUGGAAAGAGGGAGGCUUUGAUGGGACAUCAUGAGCACACACAUAGUGCACCUGAAAAGUUCUUUUCAUCACAGUUGCCAUCUCUUGACCUCUCAAGUCGUCGAGACAGUGAUUUAGAUAAGCCAGCUCCUCAUGAUCCAUAUGUGUGGAAAGGGUCCCCUUUGCAUCCCCAAGAAGAAGAGAACCUGACAAGCAAAGAAUUUCCUCACUCUGCAACCAAAGGCUAUAAUGCCGAGUGGGGAGAAAGCGGGUGCUCCACACCUGGAUCAGUCACAGCUUCAGAAAUUGUGGAGCCCAAAGCAGAAACUGACACUAUAGAUGGUCAUUUGGAUGUUGGAAGCUGCAACAAUCGAACCUGGGGAAGGUGUUUUAGUGUUUCUGGUGAGAUGCCAAAGCCUGUGCCAGAAACCCUUGACCUCAAAAACACAGGCUUGACUUCAGCUUCCAGUGUAGACACUCUACUGGGUGAAACCAGGAUAUAUGACGAAAGCAAGCCUGAGGUUGCUGCCAAGCCUGCAGCUUCUCGGCAGCACAGGUCUUCCAAAGCCAGGCGUAGAAGUGAGCGGUUUGCCACCAAUUUGCGCAACGAGAUCCAGCGAAAGAAGGCACAACUGCAGAAAAGCAGAGGCUCCUCAACCCUUCUGUAUGGAGAAGAAACAGUGGAGGAGGUGAGCGAGCAACCAGAAUAUGAUUCACCUUGUAGUGACAGCUCACCCUCUUCACAAGGCAGUGAGUCCAAAUUAAAUAAAACCACCAACCCUACUGAGGUGCACAUUAGCCAACCUGAUGCCAGAAGCCAAGAGGCUGUUUUCCGUGAGACCAGAAGCUCUUCUUGGCAUCAGAAUACCAGCUGCAGAAGUCCUAAUCCACAGCAGAAAGGUCCACAGAAUACCAGCUGCAGAGGUCCUUCUGUGCUGCUGAAAUUACCACAGAAUAUCAGAUGCAGAAGUCCUUCUCCACAGAAGAAAGGUCCACAGAAUAUCAGCUGCAGAAGUCCUUCUCCACAGCAGAAAGGUCCACAGAAUAUCAGCUGCAGAAGUCCUUCUCCACCGCUGAAAUUACCACAGAAUAUCAGAUGCAGAAGUCCAUCUCCACAGAAGACAGGUCCGCAGAAUAUCAGGUGCAAAAGUCCUUCUCCACAGCAGACAGGUCCACAGAAUAUCAGAUGCAGAAGUCCUCCACAGCUGAAGUUACCGCAGAAAACCAGCUGUAGAAGUCCUCCCCUACAGCAGACGGGUCCACAGAACUUUGGCAGCAGGUUUAGAGAAACCACACAUCGUACUCCUUCCCCAGAAAUUUCAGAGAAGAAAGAAGACCAGACCCACGGUAGAGGUGGAAGAUGGAAGUGGACACCUGAGCACAAGCUACAACCACAGGUGAAGCCAGAGAAGGAAAACCACAGCAGGAUGACCUCGGAUGUGGUGAGACCUAGCAAGCCAGCUCCAACCCUGGCUUCCAAAGAGAGUGAUAUCCUGCCCUUUGCAGACAGAAGGAAAUUCUUUGAGGAGACAAGCAAGAGCCUUGCUUCAUCUCAUCUACCAAACCUUCCGUUAAAGCACAAUAAGUCUGAUCUCAGUGGAAAAUACCUGGAAAAACCUAACUGCAAUCCUAACAACUUGUAUUGUCCAGGAGAAAGGAGAUACUCCACAGGACAAACCUGCCACAGUCCUGAAGUAUUAAGUGCCUGUCAUCCCACAGAGCUCAGACCCGUGGAACAACAAACAUGCUGCAACCAAGAUAAGGAUGAAGCAGACCUGGAUCACAGCUGCUGUUACAGGAUCAGAGCUUCUGAAACAGUGGCACACAAACUCAAGGCCUAUUUUGUAAGUGAAGACUGCAGGGUGUUACCCCACAGACAUAGGCAGCCUUGUGAUCAGUAUUUAGACACUAGAAACUCUGAUUUUUAUCCCACACCUGUUGCACUUUAUGAGGAAUGUGCCUCCCAUCAUGUCUGCAACCCGGCAAGGAAGCCUUUGUUUGAGACAUUUCCUGUGGAAGAACAGGAGCAAAGAAAAAUCAACAGGAAAGCGAGUCUGACAGAGAGUGUCUUCAGAGACUUUCAGUGCUGCAGGAACAGUUGCCAGCUGGCAGAUUCGUCUCGACAGCCUAGGGACAACUUUGAGAGCAGGUGGAUUCCCCACCGAGCCGCAUCAUCUUAUGACCUUUCCCAAGACCAGGACAGCACCAGCUGGACCACCACUCCCCUGGAAGGACACUCGGAAGGCGCUGUCAAUUACCCCCAAAGAGGAAGGGCCUUGUCCGAGAGCAAUGUCCAGGUGGACCUGCAGCGGCUGCAACGGCUGCACAGGAGGGAGUUUGGGGGGCCACCGGCACUGUGCGAGCUGGAGGAGCCGAGGUCUAGGGAGGAGGAGGCUGGCAAGAAGAAGGGGCCGCCACCUCCCAGGCCGCCACCCCCAAACUGGGAGAGAUACAAGCACAGGAGAGCAUCCCAUAGUGCCCUCUGCAGCCUGCCGACUUCCCAGCGCGCACCACCACUCGGGUAUAACAGCAGCCCCUCAGAUUCCUCUCCUCCGCCCUGCAGCCUUGAGACUUCCAGACAGCGCUCGAGAAGCCUCCCUCUGAGAGAGCCGCUAGAGAACUACCUGAAGUGCUUCCACGAGCCACAUGAGCUGCUCCUGGCCAAUCACAGGUCUGCCCUUGUGCCCAAAACCUGCAACCCAGUCUGCUGUGCAGGGAGGCAAGACAGCAGCUGCGAGCUUCAUGGUGACCCCGUGCCACCCAAGAUUCCAGACGCACUCGCUGUGCCAGUGGCGGCUGGCUUGCGGUCGAGGAUGUCAGAAACAUCAAUGGACAAAGAAGCAAUGGGGGUGCCCAUGAACACACACCAGAAGGUCAUGGGCCAUGAGAAGAGGGCUCUCUACGGUAACCUGCUCUGCUUCAGCAUCAAGCCUGAGAAGGGCUCUGAAGGACUGGCUGAGUCCUAUUUUGCCAUGAACUAUGAACAAAACGGAGACGUCUAUAAGAGACCAGAGGAGUUUAAAAAGGCAGCUCCAACAACUACUAAAAGCAUUCUCAUUCAACCCGAAGAAAAUAUUUUAGAAACUAACAUAGACGAAUAUAGACAUGAAGGUGCCAUAUGUGAAGGUCUCCCAGCCUGCUAUCAAAGCACCCAGGAUACUCCAACAUACCUUGGUGUGAGUGUUCUAGAGACUGAUAUUGACACCGUUUCUGAGGAGGGGGAAGAGCCUCCCCAGCUGGAAGUGGUGAAGGCAGCUCUGGUCAACCUGACUCCAGAGGAGCUCCUGAGGGACAUUGUGAGCACAGACAGCUCCCUCGCAAGCAUCCUGGACCCCUGCUCCAGACUGACAGCCGCAGACCUCAUGGAGGAGAUUUUCCCCAGAAGUGAGGAGAAUAGGCCAGCGGAAAAGAGGAGGAACAAUCGAAACGUCCUGCAGCUGAAGGUGGACAUUCAGCCAGAGAGGUGCUCCCCGCUGGACCCCUCCUCGACCCCAGGCCCCUCGGCGAGCCCUACCUCCAGCUCCUCCUACUACAGCACCUCCGCGGGCAAGGCAGAGCUGCUCAACAGGAUGAAGGAGCUGCCAGGCAUGGAGGAGGAGGAAGAGGAUGAUGAGCUCACCUUCAAGAAGCAACAGCUGAUUGACAGUUUGAGCAGGAAGCUGUCGGUGCUCCGCGAAGCCCAGCAGAGCCUCCUGGAGGAUAUUGGUGCAAACUGCACCCUGGGGGAGGAGGUGGAGAGCCUGGUCCAAACCGUCUGCAAGCCCAACGAGCUGGACAAGUUCCGCAUGUUCAUUGGAGACCUGGAGAAGGUGGUGAGCCUGCUGCUGUCCCUGUCCGGACGCCUGGCCAGGGUGGAGAAUGCUCUGAGUGGCCUAAGUCUCGAGGCCAGCCAUGAUGAAAGGCUGGCCCUGACUGAAAAGAAGAAGCAGCUGUCGGGGCAGCUCGGGGAGGCUCGGGAGCUGAAGGAGCACGUGGACAGGCGGGAGCGCGUGGUGCUGGAGGUGCUGUCCCGAUAUCUCACUGAGGUGCAGCUCCAGGACUAUCGGCACUUUGUCAAGAUGAAGUCAGCGCUCAUCAUUGAGCAGCGACAGCUGGAGGAAAAGAUCCGGCUGGGGGAGGAGCAGCUGCGGUGCCUGCGUGAGAGCCUGGGCACGGGCCUUGCACACUGCUGAACAAACUACCAGGAGCCCGGGCAUGGGCCUCGCACACUGCUGAACAAACUACCAGGAGCCUGGCUAUACUGGUCUAGAAUGAAGGAAUCUGGUGGUGUGACAGGUGCUAAAAUAUUAGUUUGCCAAUGGGACAUUUGUAACUGCUGACAUUUACCUGUACUGCGAAUACCGAGUCAGUACAGCUUACUCCAGGUGACAGUUAAUACAGGUUUUACUAUGCAGGUUUUUUUCUUUAAAUACAGUACAGUGACCAAUAUUAUAAAAGUUUUGCAGUACUUCUGAAAAUAAUGAACGAUUUUGUUCAGAAACAAUCAGAAAACAUUUUUAGCCCUGUUGCAUGUCUUCAAAUACCUGAAGAAUCUGACAGCAAAGAUUGUCAUUUGCUCCAAUGCUUAAUGUCCAGCGUGCCACAAAAACAAUGUAUUGAUAGGAAUCAUGUUCGAGUACAGAGCGUAUCCAUCAAUGUAGACAUAAAUAAAAUAUCUCUGCAGCAACAUAUCAAUUUCUGUGUGAAUCCUAGUUAACUAGUAGACUUGAGUAGGACAGUUGCAAAAAUCUGAUAUUAUGCAAAAAUUACCCUUUUUAAUGCCAAAGAAAUAUCUCUUAAAACAAAUUCUUACUGUUUUCGAAAGGCGAUUUUAAAAAUUUAUUUUAUUUUUAGGCAAUCAGCAAUGACAAACCGAGCAGUAUCGUGCUUCUGAAGUCAUUGGAGAGCCAGACCAAACAGUUACAGUACUGGACCUUUUCUAAGCAAUGGUAAAGCAUUUGCAAAUUAUUAAUCUUUCUUACUAGUUUAUAGCUGUAGAGGCUUCCUGAAACCUGUAUACCGUGAAAGUUAUAUUCCACACUGUUAAUUGUUCUCUUGUUGCAUUCUAGCUUUAUGUAUUUAUAGCCUGAAAACAGUGCCUUGUUCAUGCCAAACAAAACUGAUAAUGGAAAACUGGAAAUGCUAAUGAAAUAUUUACUGCAGGAGAUUGUUAGGUACAUUUUGUUAAAAAAUAAAUAAAUAAAUAAAAAACAACACUAAAAUCGUUCUGUUUAAAAUAUGGUUUGUUGCAAUUCAGUUUUAUUUAAAUGAAGUAAGUAGUACUUUAAUCUCGGGGCAGCGUCAAAUACAAUGAAACACUCAGGAGACUGCAUAGAAGGAAAAUAUUGUACACAUGAUUACAGACAAUCCUUCUGGAGUGCAUGGAUACUUUAUUCCUAUAUCAAUGUAUGUAUAUGUCCAUUGCAUCUGUAUGUGUUUCUAUAGAUAUGUAGGCUUCUUUUCAUCCUGCCAGGCCUUCAGUUCAUCUGCAGUUAGAGGACAAAAGGUUUUUGCAAAAUAAUUGUGUAAAAAUAUAACACCGUACCAUAUAUAAUAAUAUUAUGAAAACACUAGUGUGUCGUGUUUCAGUAAUGAGCACUUGCACGUUUCUUUUUACAUUUUUUUUUUUUUUUUUUUUUUUU